UUGGUGUUGUUUGUAAACAUGAAACAGAGGUCAGGUGUUCUGUUUGUUCUCCUUCUGAAAGUUCAAAACAGUCAGAACCAUAAAGCCUGUGACGCUGAUGUGGUCAUACGUCUUUAUGACAUAAGGUGGCAGGAUGUCCACCAGUCGUCGAGAGUCUCAGUCGGUUGACCUCGGAGCUCAGUACAUCACUGCCACUCCAGCAUCCGCCAGCUCACACCGCAGUUUCUAUGCAGAACUGAUGCAUUCAGGUGUCCUGCGGCCUCUGGAAGCUCAGAUUGAAGGUCUGCAGCAGAACGAUGAGAACAAGAAUUAUGUGAGUCCACAAGGCAUGUCUGCUGUCGUCAAACACUUCCUGUCCCAGUCAGGAGCUGAUGUGUUCUUUGAAUGUCACAUGACUGGCCUGUAUAGCUGCGGUGCAUCAUGGGAAGUGCAGAGGAAAAAUGGAGACAGCAAGUUGUUUGACACCAUCGUCCUGACAAUGCCAGUUCCUCAAAUCCUGCAGCUGCAAGGAGACAUGGGAAAAUUGCUGACCAUCCAGCAGAGGGAGAAUUUGGGCAGUGUUGUGUAUUCCUCCUGUUUCGCCCUCGCCCUGUUCUUCAGUCCAGAGACCAUCCUUAGUUUUCCCUGGGCGGCUCGCUACGUGACACACAACGACUGCAUCCGCUACAUCGCCGUGGACCUUUGCAGAGGCAAUGCAGAUGCUUCCACUUGGGGUCCAUCCCUGGUUGUCCACACCAGUGUCCAGUUUGGACUGGAACACCUUGAGUGGGACAAGGACAAAGUGAAACCAAUCAUCAUGCAAGAACUUCACAAAGUUCUUCCUGGUCUUCCUCAGCCAGUCAGCAUCAAGUGUCACAAGUGGAGGUAUUCCCAGGUGCUGACCUCAUUUCCUGACUGUCCGGGUCACAUGACUGUGUGUGAGAAGCCGCUGCUCAUCUGCGGUGGCGAUGCCUUCAUCCACUCCAACUUUGACGGCUGCAUUGAAUCAGCGCUGAAAAUGACGGACGUGCUAGUUGCUGCAUUAAGCUAGGCUAACAGUAAAGGGAAACUUCAGAAGUUUCAGUUCAUAAAAUGAAUGUUUGUGUGUGUAUAUAAAACCCCUGGCAAAAAUUAUGGAAUCACCGGCCUCGGAGGAUGUUCAUUCAGUUGUUUAAUUUUG